AUGACCGUGGCUUGGGCUACUUUGUGGUCUCAGUUUCCCCAUUCGGCCAGGGCACUGAGAGGACUGUUAGAAAUUAAGGGUCUGUCUGUCUUGGCCCGCCCCGGGGGUGUGGCUGGGAAUGGUCACGUGAAGGGGCGCCGCGCCCGGGGUCUCCCGCCCACUUGGAGGCGUCUGGAACCGGAGCCUGGAGCCAGCCAGGGCUGUGAGGGCUUUCAGAGACGCGCCACCACGCCGGGGCUGCUGAGGUUACGCUCGCCGGGGCCCGAGGGCACCUGCUCGCGGUUCCGCCGGCUCCCUGAUAACUGUGCGGGAGGCUGGACCCGCAGCGGCGACAGCGACGACAGCAGCAGCGAGGACUGGAGCGCAGGCAGCAGCAGCAGCCACACCAGCCGUGACACCAUGGAUCUGUCUUUUAUGGCCGCGCAGCUGCCCAUGAUGGGAGGAGCAUUCAUGGACUCACCCAAUGAGGACUUCAGUACCGAGUACUCCCUGUUUAACUCCCCUGCCAAUGUCCACUCGACCUCCAAUGGCCACGGCCAGCUCGAGGAGUCUCCUCGCUCCUCCAACGAUGCUGUUCUGCUGUGGAUUGCCAUCAUAGCCACGGUGGGGAACAUCGUGGUAGUAGGGGUGGUGUAUGCCUUCACCUUCUGAGGCCCAGGGAUGCUGAGGCUCUGGGGAAGCCCCUCCCACUCUGACUCCAGCUUUCUCCCAGUCACUGGAGAUACCUAUGUUCUCAGAUGGUCCCUGGAGGGGCAGGCACCAUGCACCUGUAAUUUCCUCCAGGCAGCUCCGGUUUAGAGCAUCUCCUUGUUGUGGCUGAUCUAAUUCAGAGCACCUUGAAGGUGAUGGCUUUCAGCUCCUAAAAGCUUGACGGCUCGGGUCCUUCGAGCAGCAGACUGAACAAUUCUUGAAGUUUCGGUCAGUCCAGAAUGCAAGGACGGUUUGAACAUCCUAUUGGGUUAAAAAAAAAAUGAAGGUCUGGUUUCGGUGACAGUAAAUUGUCACUGUAUGUCUUUUUUUUUUUUCUGCAGGCUGGUUGAACCCAGUUGUGUGGGUGCUGGGACAAGAACUUUCACAAGUUCGAACUCCCCCUUUUAAGUAUAUGCCCCACCCCUUUGGAUACUGAUGGCCAUGUUGUAAGGUCACGGAAUGUUGAGAAAAUUGACUUAUAAAUGAUAGUUUGUCCCCAGACACUUGGUCCUUGCAGAAUGCAAGUGCAUGAGAAGACCCAGAGACUGGAAUGAACUUUCUGAUCUUCGGAGGAAAAGCAGAAGAUGUCUUCAAAUUUUAGAUGGUCCGGGCAGUUAGCAGUCUCUCCUCUGAGGAUGAGUUAGCCAUGUCCCCUCGUCAUUGGACAGAUGUCAUGGAGAGAGGCCUGAUGACAGUGUGGUCAGAUAGUGAGUCAGGGCUGAGUCUGGCCUCCAUCCUAGCCAAGUCCUCUAGUGAGCACGUCCCCACCCCGCCCCAGCAGCUGAGGCACAGAGGGAAUCAGGAGAUGUUCAGUCUGGGCAUUCACGGGUCAUUCUGGUGUCUGUGCUGUAAAUUGGUUUAGAUGUUGUGCCCUCCCUCGCAGAUCUGACUCCCCACACCUCUCAAUUUAUCCAGUGUGCUUGCAAAUGCUGUGGCCCAGGGGAAGCUGUUAGCACAGAGAACUGGCCCAACCUUCGUUGCUAAGAAGUGGGGGCUUAGAGUGUCUCCUGAGACUCCCAAAGUCCUCAGCAGGCAGGAUGCUGAGCUGGCACUUAGCUGUUGUGUGCUGGACGUGGGCGUUGUGGGAUGUUUGCUCUGGCUUCCUGCCUAACUAGCAGGAUCCCUCAUCAGACCUCUGAGGCUUUCCCUGUGCCAAGGGUAGGGCAUUCUCAUGAGAGAACCCAGGCCAGCCAUGGGAACAGAAGUGUGCUGUGACCUGUAUCCCAGUGCUGUCUGAAUUACCUCCGGGGAGCUGCGGCUGGCCAUCCAUCCCCCUACCUUAUCUCCAUGGAGACAGCAGGUUGGGGGAGGAUCUGUGCCUGCUGUACUAACAGAAGGGACAGGGAAGCUAAGGACAGCUUCUACCCUUGUAAGGUACUGGCAUGUCAGUGCCCUCUCUCUCUCUCUCUCUCUCUCUCUCUCUCUCUCUCUCUCUCUCUCUCUCUCUCACACACACACACACACACACACACACACACACACACACACACACCGCAAAUUCAACACACCCAUACAACACACAGAGAGAGACAGAGACAAGAGAGAGACAGAGAGGCAGAGAGAGAGAGAGAGAGUCAGUUAUCGACAUCUUUCGUGCUCUCCUGGAUCAGACAGAACGGUCCCAUUCUGUCCUCCUGUCUCCAAAGUUUCCCUAUCUGAACUUCCUCACCACAAAAACCAACGAGGAGCAAAUGACAGACCCCAGCCAGAGUAGCUGGAGUGAGCCCCACUGUCCUUGCUGCCUCUGCUCUGCUCUGUCUUGCUCAUCAGCUAAAGAACGAACAGGCCUGGGUUCGGUGCUUGAGAGCUAUGAGCCGGCAUGGUGCUAGAUUCUUAUGCACAGCCUUCACCCUUCCAUCACCUCACAGCAGCAAGGCCCGUGCACAGAAAGUAACCAGAGGCCCAGAGAAAUGGAGUAACUUUCCUAAGGCCACACAGCAUAGAAGUGAGGAUCUGGGACUGGAACCUGGGAGUUAGGCUCUCCCCCUCCCUCUCCCUUCCCCCCUCCUUCUCCCUCCUCUCCCUCUUCCUCUCCCUCUCCCUCUCCCUCUCUCUCUCUCUCUCUCUCUCUCUCUCUCUCUCUCUCUCUCUCUCUCUCUUUCUCUCUCUCUCUCUCUCUCUCUCUCUCUCUCUCUCUCUCUCUCUCUCUCUCUCUCUCUCUCUCUCUCUCCAGCCUUCUAAGGCCGAUGGCAACACUGAAGUACAUUCAAUCAGGACCUGAGUCACCAGAAGGUGUUCCUCAAGCUUGAGAUGGCCUGAACCACUCACAGGUCUCAGACCAUCAGAAUGGGGCAGUCUCAGCUUUGCCUACACCCCAGGGAUAUUAAUCCUUCCCCUGCCAUUUAAGAUUGACUUCGAGUCUCCAUGUAAGUCUCCAAGGAGGGUCCCUGAAGUAGGAUUUCUUGGGUACGUGUAUAAGGAGCCCCCAAGGUAUGCGAGCCCCCAAGGAGCUGCACUGUAGGAAGGUUUCAGUGACCGGCACUGAGGUCAGAUUGUGGGCCUCACCUGCGUGGCAAGUUGAUCCAAGCUGUACAGCCCCAAAGCUCUCCAGAGCAGAGGAGGUCAUCUUCUUGGGGAGCCAAGCCAGAACCCCAUUGUCUUCUCCCUGGGUAAGGUGGACCCCAGAGCCUCCUACAUUUGAUAGGAAGGCCCUUGCCCUUUAUGUAUCUGCCCCUUGCAGGAGUGAUGUCUUUGCCAAAAUGUUCCCUGUGGUCAAUGAAAUCCAAUUGGAGCAACUAAUGAGUCUCCUUGGCUAGAGAGGCCACUGUCCCUCCUUAUGUGCAUUUUUAGGAUCCCAAGGAAUGGGAAAUGGGACAGGCCAGUGCCACACGGCCAGAGAGGCAGCACACCAGCUUCCUGUCCUGGCCGGGACGCCUGUCCACUGACCAGGACCUGUGCAGGAGCUAGAGCCACAAUACAGCUGAAUGUAUGCUCUUGGCAUGCUAGUCCUCUCCUGCAGAAGCAUGGCCACCCUUUUGUAUCAGUGGGUAGUAAAAUGGCUUCUCUCUCCUGCUGCGGACAGUCCUACUUACAAGCUCAUGUAUUUCCCAAGUCAGGGCCAGGGAGGAGCAGCCAGAGACUGAAUGGCACAUGUGCACCCAUAUCAGGCUCUCCUAGCCUCUGUCCUCUAUGGGUACUCAGUACAGGGUCGGGAGGAGAGGGUGCUGAGCUUCAGCUGAGAGCCCUGAGGUGCAGGGCACAGGCUCCAGACAGAGGCGGAGCUCCUCUCAGAAGCCAGGGGAGUGAAAUUAUGAGCUGUCUCCCUGUGCAGCCUCCUGAGAUCAGAGCUUGAGCAAGACAUGUCAUGGGGGAGGGAGAGAGGGAACCACACAAACCACAGGGCUCCAGGCAAUGUACAUCACCACCGGCACGACAUUACCCUGCCAUCAGCCAGGACAGAUGGGGGCUAUGUAUGGACUGCGUGUCGGCCUCAUUUGGCUUGGCUCACUGCGGCUGUCGUCUGUGCUUUACUGAUGGGAAAUAAAGCCGAGAGGUUGCUUCGUGGGUAAAGCCUGAGGACCCGAGCUCACAUCCUCAGAGUCCACAUUAAAAUAAAACCAGCUCUGGGGGAUGAAGGUGGGCAGGUUUGGGGGGUUCGCUGGCCAGCCACACUAACCAAAAAUGUGAGCUCAGGUUCCGUGAGCUGCACUGGCUUUUCUUUUGUUUCUUUUGGGCUUUAUUCUUUGUAAGUGGUGGGUGGAUAAAUGAUUAAGAAGGACCUCUGGUCUCUAACUGAAACCACAUGGAAAAGUACAUACACUUGUACGUGUGUGCACACAUGCACACAUAAACGAGAUAGAGUGGGAAGGAAACACGGGUACUAGGGCUUUUCACAGGCAAACCUGAGCACAGAGGUGUCCUUGUGCCUGCCUAGGCCACAUCAUUGGAAAGACAAGGUCUCAACCUCUCCUUCUUUCUGCCGAUUUCUGCCUCAAAAGCUUUCAGAUCUGCUUUUCCACUGGGGCUAAAUCCUAGCCUGUGUGUGUGUGUGUGUUCAGCGUUCAGGGAGUGCGUGUGUGCUUUGGCCACAAGAUACUUCAGAGCCUUGGGUCUGCUUGGAGCCCUCUGUCUGGUGGAGUGGCAGGGAGACUGUGUCUGCCUCCUGUGUUCUUUCUUGAUUUUAUUUUUAAGACUUGCAGCCUGUAUACAACCGCAUGUGGCCGAGGAUAGAUACAUGUCCCACCCAAAACAAAAUCAUGCACUUAAAAUAUUGUGAGGUUUUUUUUUUCUUUUGUCCUCUGUAACUCAGUCACUCAGUUUGGGGUGAGAACUUUGCGGAUGGUGUCACUAUGUUGAAAUGUCAAAGCCUAGGACCUGAGAAUCACACCAUUUGCAGUUCAACGUACUGCUCUGACAUCACCAACGGUUCUGUGUGCAGGUUUGCCUCGAGGGCAUGGACACCCAUCCUCACAGGGGUUUGGGGGCAUUGCCAGGUGGGGCUGAUCUGCAGGAGAGCAGAGUCUUGUCCCCAGAUCUCCCAGCCAGAGAAUUCCCGUGAUUCUUCAAUUCAGGUACCUUUGUUCCCCAGGGGGAACAAUUUGGCAAUGUCUGGAGAUCAUUCUUAUCUCCAGUUUACAGAGGAGUGCGGACGACGUACUGCAUCUAGAGAGCAGAGGCCAGAGAUGCUCACCCGCACAGAGGACAGACCCCGUGGCCAACUACUAUCCAGCCCCCAAAUGCCAACGACGCCGAAGAUGGGAGGCUACACCAGUCAUGUGUGAGUCAGACCACAUGUGGAUCAGAGCAAAUCAGAGCGGCGAGCCCAAUGUCAGCUAUGGGUGGAGGCGACCCGACAAUGUGGCCAGAACGCUGAGGCUGAGCUUGCCUCCCACCAGUGACUGUCCAGGACCUCUGAGGCCUGCCCCUCACCAGUGCGUCUGAGAAGCAUGAUCGGUGAAGAGAUUCUCAUGGGGACAGGAAGGCUGGGGAUCAGGAACAGCAUCAAACCAAUCCAGGUCUCCUUUCUGACCCCCCCCCAGCUCUCCAAAACUGUAGACACACUAACUCUUUCUACUCUCUAAAUCCUUCCAGAAUUCUUACUCAUCACCUGCUGCUUGCGGACUGCAGUUCUUCACGAGGAGAGCGUCAGUCAAGCUUCUGUGUUUUGUAAUGAUUUUCUAGCCAGCUUGUAAAUGUGACAUGAAAGUAUUUUUACCUUUGUGCCAGUCCUUGCCACGCAGGCACCCUGUUCUCUGUGUGUCACUGGCAUUUACUUGCAGUGGAAAGGUUCUUUGCUGAUGUAAGAGUUCCAUGUGCUCUCUUGAAGGUGUGGUGGUAACACCUCCCUGUGUUAGCUUUCUUGCUACGGUUGUCAUUUUCUAUUAUAAUUAAACAGAAGGAAGGUUUAACUCUG